AUGUUCUUGGAAGAAGUCUUGGAACCUACUCCCAAGAAAUCACGAUCUCGUCGAUCCACUAGUCCUAGGGCUGUUCAACGACGAAGAUUAUCUCAGCGCAACCACCGGCGAAGAGCAAAAGAGAGCAGCGAGGCUACCAAGACACUGCCUCAGUGCGCAGGCGAAGGCGAAGGCGAAGGCGUAGACCCCGAAGUGCCUGCGGUACCCAUGUCUGAUAGAAGCACAAUGCAGCAAGGCUGUGGUCUCGACCGGAGCCAAAACCUCCAUUACCUGCCAGGGAGCUACCACGAGCCUCUCCAGUAUGCGAGCAGUUCCGAAAACUCGGUCGAUUACUUUGAACGCCAACAACUGUCCAACAGCCAGCUAAGCUCUGCUCCAGCAACUGCAACCUCAGCGUGGUAUUCAGCAGUUGAUAUGCAUAACCUUAUCACACCCGACGACAUGGUGUCUUUGUUCUCACCGGACCGGGAAUGGUCACAGCCAGACAUAGAACGUUUGUCAGCACCAAUGGAGUCCAACGCUACCAGGCCAGAGUCCCAACCCCCCCUGUGUUCUUGUCGUAGCAGCUCGCAGCCGGUGCUUGGACAAGUCCCAGAAGGCUUUCCGCUAUGGCGCCAGAACGAACAAGGGCCUGAUAUGCGCAGGAUCCCAUCGGCGCAGAGCCAUUCUGACUUGGACUCGCAUAGAUCACGCGGUGAGACCGGCCAUCACGGACCGGGGCCUAGUCUGCAUAACAGCGCCGCAGGAAUGCAGCAUUCGACGCUGCAAGAGCAUGCCAAUGCUUGCUGCAGCAGCAGGCUGUCAUCUCUAUCUUCCUCCAAAGUAUCCCCAUCGGCGGAGGAAACUAGCCCGUCUCCAGUAGCCGAGCUGACCCGCCGAUUCGACUCCAUCCUAGAAACCAUGCGCAUAUCGGGUUUCCACAACUUUGACGAGAUGGCAGUGGCUUACUAUACUGGUCGGUUUAGCACAGGAAGUGUCCCGUCAAUCAUGCAGUGUUCUAGCCGGGGCCGGCGCUUGAAAGUCAUACUGCAGAAACUUCACCAGGACAGCCAGGAAUGGCCCAAGUGGGAGUCCCGUGGGCUCCACGAGAGCAUGUCGACUGUAACUGGUAAGAAUUAG